UUUCGUUGGGAAAAACGUGGCAGGUAAAUAAUAGUGGGAGUGCUAACUUGUCUAUAUGAUGAUUGUAUCGUCACAAUUACAUAAUGCACUAUUACAACAAGCUAUACAAUUAAACGCGCGUAUAUCUUGAAACGUUUUAAGAAAAGGGGCAAUUAAACUAUGUUUAUGGAUUAUGUCAGACAAUCGCCGAGCGGAGUUGUCGUUCGAUAAGAUCACAAAACACUUUGGACAACUCAUCUGCGGAUUACAGCUUAUAUAUGUGUCGUAUUGAUGCAUAUCUCUUAGCAUGGUAUUCAUAGUAUUAAAUUUAUUGAACUAUCAAGAGGGACUCAACAUGAGACUCUCGAUAAUGACCAUACCGAUGUGGUUGACACUUUCAAUAUAUGUAAAAGAAAUCAGUUCCUGUAACAUAACCCUGUCGGCAAAAACGAAUAUUGUAGAUCUGGGAUCUCCUGUUUCUCUGACGUGUCAAGUUUGCCCUUCAACAUCUUUAACAGAUUUUCAUCACAAUGGUUCAAGCAUAGCACGUAUCAUAUUUGGGUCCUUCAGUGUAAACAACAAGAGUUUGUACACAUUAGCAUACAAAACUGAGACAAGAACGUUCAAUUUGACAAUUAUGAAUUUUACACGUUCAUCUGUUGGCAAUUAUUCGUGUGCCAUCCCUUAUACAACGAACAUGUCAUCGCUGACUUUAGAACACUCCGUUCCGGUGACAUUUGUAACGUUGACUCCUGGCAUACAGACGAUUUCCGUUUUACAAGACGUUGCCACCAGCGUCAUUAAAUGCAUAUCCUCAGAGGGCCACCCAACACCCUCUAUUACGUGGUAUUUAGAUAGAAAAACAAUUUCGAAUGACACCAACCAUGUAGAUAUUACAUCACGUAGUAGUAGUGAAACAACAGGAGGCGUAACGACGAGUACUCUUGCGAUUACACCUACAGUUGAAGAUCAUGGUUCAACUAUAUAUUGCAAUGUCUCAAAUGGAUACGGGCAAAUAAUAUCCAACCGGAGAAUUAAUCUAGAUGUGUUAGUUUUUCCAUCAAGGCCGACAGUUCAACACAAAUCGGUGAUCAUUAGCGACACUAUAACUGUGAUACUUAACAGUACUGUGUCGCUAGAAUGCAACUCCUCUGGAAAUCCAAAGCCAAACAUAUCAUGGAUAUUAUCAAACCGUUCCGUGAUUAACAACACAGCAAUUGAAGUGACAUUGGACAAUAGAGUAAACACGGAUGUCAUCACCUGCAGGGCCACAAGUGCUUUACAGCCAACAUAUGGAGCUAUAAUACCAACAUAUAAUACCACGGAUUUAUUAAUAAACAUUUUAUAUUCUCCGUCAAUCCCAACCUGUUCAAUCGGCGAUACGUUGAUAACAGAAUAUACAAUACGGGCAAUAAAAAAUAAACCACUGAAUAUUAAUUGUACUAGCAAGAGCAACCCUCCUCCCACGAGCUAUUCGUGGACACUGCCAGGCGGAAUAAAACAAGAUGGACAACAACUCACAAUAUCACGCGUACUGUUGGAGGGUCCAUACACACUUGAUGUCAAUAAUGUUAUGAACUCAACAUUCUCACCACAAGUCAUAACUGGGCAUGCCAAUUCGAUCUUUACACUUGACAUAUUAUUUCCUGUUGCUGUACACAAUAUUGAGAAUAAAACCGUCUUGAGAAACCAGACAUUGUCUGUAACAUGCCCUGUCACUCUUGGGAAUCCACCUGAGACGAGCUUUACAUGGAUACACGUGGAUACAUCUCACACUGUUGGACGAGACCAAGGACUUCUGUUGCCAAACAUGCAGACCACUCACGAAGGCUUUUACAAAUGCCAAGCUAACAACACAAUGACACCUACAGGGUGUUGUGUACUUCCGGCAUACGACGAAACCAUGUUUUACGUUGAUGUACAAUACGCCGCCAAUAUUACAAGGUUUUAUGCCACCGGAUUUGAGAAUGUGCCAAAUAUUACGGUAAACGAAAGUCAAACUGUGAUAUUACAAUGUGAUUCUGACGGGGACCCUUUGGCGUCUAUGCUUCUAAUAAAUAAUACUCGCGGUGAAAAUGAUUUAAUAAGAGGAAAUUAUUACAACACAAUAUCCGCAUCUAUUUCUCAUGCACGAUGUGAAUAUGACAUGGGUAUCUACCAAUGCAGGGCAAACAACACGCACAAUAAAAUUCAGCAGGUGCGAGAGAUUGAGAUCAAGAUCAGAUGUGCACCGAGAUCUUCUCCAUUUAUGCCCGCGACACCUAAAGUUUGGACGAAAACUAACAGUAGUGUAACUCUAACGUACACUAUCGUUGCGUAUCCUCCACCAAGCUCUUCAUCGGCAUUCGUUUGGCGGAAGAAAGUAAAUGAAGAAUGGUUCAUUGUCAAUGCUACGAGAAGACUUCAUAUUCAAAUUUCUCAAGACAGACUUCAGACAAACCUUUCAAUAUUGCAAGUGCAGGAAGACGAUUUUACCAACUAUACGGUUAAAGUGAACAAUGACAUUGGCACCACAGAACAGACAUUUGUAAUUCUAGCGAAUGAACAGCCUGCUAUACCAGAGCAUUUCCGUGUAUCUGAAGAUCCGGUAACAGACAACACUGUAAUCGUUGAAUGGAAACCGGGAUUUAACGGCGGGGAAAAUCAAUGGUUCGUUAUUGGAUACAAACAAGAAACGGGAAACAAUUGGACUUACAAAACUAUAUUUGAAGAUAUCACUCGAACAGCGAUUGAAGGACUGGUUGCCGGUUCCUCUUAUCAGUUCAAAAUGUAUGCAGAAAAUUCAGUUGGAAGAUCAGAUAAAACAAUUGUUUUAACAUUGGCUACACGAGCCAAAGCUGAUAAUGGAUCAACUUCACCUGUCGGGGCUGCAGUGGGAGGGGCUGUCGGUGGAACUUUUGUGAUAGUCAUCUGCAUUGUUCUUUGGAAAUGUAGAAACACAUUUACUCUCAAAAGAAAUGCUGAUGCCGGUGCUCCUUACGAUGACUUAUUCAAAGGACAGGCAAAUGUCUCAGCUGUCAAUACCAGCUCCGAAUAUGAAGAAUGCAGAGUCGAAUCCCAGCAGAGGGACCAGUACGAGACACUCGCUGAAACUUCGUUUCAUGCGUAUUCAGCCAUAUCAAAUGGCGGCUCAGAGGAAAUUCGUGUUCUUAACCGUGUAUCUGAAGCUUCAGAUAAUGAUAACGCAGUGAAGAAAGACAAUAAAAUAUAUGUUAAUUUAGUAUUAUCGACCACUGACAAUUAAACACAUUUACAUAUUUUGAUGGAUUAGUUACAUCGAA